AUGUCAAAGGUUAAUGAGGUGUUAAAUAAUCUAACUGUUGGGAAGCGAGCAUCAUUUGUGGACUUUGACGCAUACAAUUCAGCAUAUGGUGAUGCACAGGGACUGCUCGCUGGAUAUUGUGGAUCAUUGGCAAUUGAUUGUAAUUUGUUCCCGAUUAGUUUUGAGAGGUGGUCAGGGCAAUCAGGCAUGCCUAAGAAGUACAUGGAAGACUGCUUUGAAACAAUAUUGAAGCCUCGAUUUCUUUUUCGGGUAUGUGAGUCCAUUGCAUACAGAUAUUGCAAUAGUAGCAUUUCAAAAAAGUGGGCUACACAUAGGCAGAGAUUGUGGAAUGAAUAUUUUGACCCUGCAAGAAGCAAAAAUGAGAUCAUUAGUAAUGUGCCAUCUGGUAUAAAUAAAGAUCAAUGGGCUAGUUUUGUUGCUUACCGUCUGAAACCAUCAACAAUGGAGCUUUGUAGAAGAAAUAAGGAAAUCCAGAGGAAGCAAAAAAUGCCACACACUGGUGGUUCAAAGGCUAACUCGAGAAGACGUUAUGAGAUGUUUCUGGAAACUGGUAAAGCUCCUAGUCGAGGAAAAAUGUUUAUUGAAACUCAUAAGAGAAAGAACGGAUCAUUUGUGAAUGCUGAGGCUCAAACUAUAGGGGAACAAAUUGAGUCACAUAUGACUCAUUGUAACACUAAUGAGUCUGAAGUUUCCCCAGAAGAUAUUGUUGGUAAGAUAUUAGGGGCAGAACACUCUGGGAGGGUAAGAUGUAUGGGUAUGGGAGCAGCUCCAUCAAACACAUUCUUGAAUACAAAGCGACGACUUAGCGAGCUGAGCAUUUCUUCAUCUAGCUAUGAUGAAUCAUCUGCAACUUCUACAUAUUUGCAUCAAAAGGUUGCGCGUUUGGAGUCCAAACUUGAAGAAACCUUCAGUGUGCUGAAGAAUUACAUGAUAUCUAAGGAAGGAGGGAUUCCUGAAGAAUUAGCUACUAUGACUGAAAUUGUUUCACAUAUGGAUGAAGAGGCUCAUCAAGCUGAUAACAAUGCAAAUCACCAAUCAAAUGCUUAA